AAAAAUAUAUAUAUAUAUAUAUAUUAGAUACAAAAAUAAGAGCAAUCAAUACAAGUUCUGCAAAUAAAAUGAAAAAGUCAUACAUAAUACAAACCCAAGAAAGUAUAAAAACAAAAAUAAUGAGGGUGUUAAAAAUAGCAGUGUGAUGGUAAUAUUACAGAACAGUAUUAUGUGAACAACAGGAACUGCUGGCUGGUCAGAAAAACAAGUCUAUAAAAACGUGUUUUGAAGCAAGAUUUUAAAAAAAGAGUACCGAAUAGAGGACUGGCAGGUAUUUAAGGCUUUAUGCUUUGACAGAAAUUUCUAUCAUUGUUCGUUUAGAAAUAAGAGUUGUGAACUAUUAUAUUUUCAUUUGUGGUCACUGACAACAUAUGGUUCUUCAUUGUAUUAUUUUUUUACAUGAUGUGUGUAAGUAAUGUACAAUAUUAUCUUGUCAUCACAAUCAAAAGAGGUCUAUAGUAGAUUAUUCUGAAGGUGAGGGAAACAUGAGUCAAUGACUUUGAAGAUAAAAAUGCUGUUUUUUAAUAUGUUGAGUUGGACGUCUUUUCCUUUCAGAGUUACUGUUGUUAAAAUUGUGUUUGUUUGCACAGUAUUGUUCUUUUGCUCUCUUUAUCGCUUGUAAAAUACUGUUCAGUUACUGAUUUCUCACUGGUUUAAAUAUGUUUAUCGUGAUUAAAAUAUUGAAAUUGACCUCCUAUUUGCUGCUUACUACUCAGAUCUUUAUCUUAAAGGUGCAGUGUGUAGGAUUUAGUGGCACUAGUGGUGAAGUUGCGAAUUAUAACCAAUGAAUAUCGCUGCCUCACCCUCCCAGUCAUGAUAGAAAAAAUAGGGAGGACCCGCUCCCUCUAACUAAUAAUUCUAAUUAAUAAAAACAUAAUGAUUCAUAUUCAGGUUAAUAUACACAAAUACACAAACAUAGUUAUGCUUAUUAUAUUCCAUUUCUGCCAAUAGAUCCCCUUAAAUAUUACACACUGGACCUUUAACGUAGAGCCUGUGGUGUUUCCUUUUAAUAAAGUUCAAUUGUCUAUGAGUAUGGUGAGUUCAGGGCUUUUAUACAGCUAUUAUAAAUGUUAAAGUUGGUUGUAUUUUUAUAGCUCCAAGCCAAAACUGUACUUCUUUUAAAAGCACAUUUUGUUUUCCAAUUGACAAUUCCAAUAUUUCUAUUAAAAUAUUUCCUAACAGCCAAUUCUGCACAUUUUUAAUAAUGUAAUUUGUCACUUGUCUAUUUGCAGGUUGCUACUCAGAACAUUGAGCCUAUGAUUUGUGACACGUUUGUAAAGAAGAUUUCAAAUCAUUAUUUAUUUAGUUACAAACUACCUCCUUCAUUAUACCACACUGUAGUAUCAUAUGCUGAUUGACUGGUAAAUUGGUGGAGGGUUGAAAAGGGAAAGGACAAUGCAGCACUGUGGAUCUGGUAUCUGUGUUUCCACAGCAACACAUAUUAAAUUACCUUGAGGCUUACAGGUGGUGGACUUUAGACAGAGGUGGAGGGACGGGUGACGUGGACGGCAGACAACUCUCCUUCCUGGAAAGAGCAACUGCAACAAUGGCUAAAUUCUUCACCCCAGUUCAAAUCAAUGAGUUCAAGGAGUGCUUCUCCUUAUAUGACAAGAAGCAAAAUGGCAAGAUCGAUGUUAAAGAUCUGAUCACAGUUAUGCGCUGCCUGGGUACAAGCCCCACGUUGGGUGAAAUCCAAAGACACCUACAAGCUCAGAAAAUCGAAAAAACAGGCGAGGUGGACUUCUCUAUGUUUCUGAUGAUGAUGCACAGACAGAUGAAACAGGAAGAUCCUAAAGCAGAAAUCCUGGAGGCCUUGAGGAUGACAGACAAACAGAAAAAAGGAUACAUCCAGGCCUCUGAGCUCCGGGCCAAGCUCACCAAGUUAGGAGAGAAACUCACAAACAAAGAAGUGGAUGAUCUCUUCAAGGAGGCGAACAUCAAGUCAAACGGGGUUGUCAACUAUGAAGAGUUCACGCAGAUGGUGAUGCUGCCACCUGUUGAUUAUUAAUCUUUCAAGGAAAAAAAACUUGCAUGCACUGCUGCUUUGUAACUGACAGUUUGGGAUGUUAUUCUCUGAGACUAAAGAAAUUAGUUUUAUUUUAUAGUACAGUAUAUACACGUGUAAUAACAACAAAUAUAUGAAUGACAUUUUCUGUGAAUAAAUGACGUUUACAGUG